CAAAUGAUAACACUAUUAAUAUACACAACAAAAGAGUACACUAAUCGUAUCCAUUUCAAGAAUAGCUUGGAAUUAUCAUAAAAAAUUAUAUAAUUCGCACCUGCGUAUAAACAUCAAAGAAACAUGGCGUUCAAGUAUUUUAAUUAUCGCGAAAAACCCAGAAAAAUUGAUGGUAAUUCAACAUGUUAGAUAGAGUUUUGAUGCGAUUUUCGAUCGCUUUACUUCCACGAACAGUUUCGUCACUCGAAUCGAUUUCAACAGUGAUUUGAAUCAUCCGGCUCUCACCCAUUUUCACACUGGGUUAGGUUUUCAAAACAAUGCAAUCUACGGAGGAAAAGCGUUUACAAGACGAACCGGGCACAAGCAGGGGUCUAACCAACGGCGAUAGUAACGCAAAUUUAUUAAACGGAAUGCGGAAUAACAUGGAAAGUAGAGGUGCUAUACCGAAAGUAAAAACUGUUAAAACGAAAACUAAAAAGACAAAACUCAAUAACAACAUUGAAGAUGUAUCCGAAAACUGCAGUUUUAUAUUGGAAAUUAAUGGUAGUAGUGGUAGUGUUGAACAACAAGAACCUACAAUUGAUCUGACAUGUGAUAUACGUAACUUUAGGUUGACCAAUGAUAGUGACGAUGAUAAUUUAUCAAUAUCUGAUGAUGGGUGUAUUUAUACAUAUAAAGGGGAUCAAGAUGCUGAUCUUCCUGUGUCAUUUUUUAGUUUAGAUAUUCCACAAGAAGUUGCCGCACAGUCAGUAUGUCGAGGACACAAUUAUAGCCCAGAAAUGGAUUAUUUAGAGAUGGAUUUCGAUCCAGGACCUGGAGGAGCUUGUGCUGAUGGUGAUUAUGAACCCUUAUUAGAUCAAAAAACGGAAGUGGAUGAUACUAAUAAAGAAUUAAAAGUAAAAGUAAAUAACAUUUGUAAUGGUGAAUUAACAAAAAUGGAAGUUAUUAAAGAAAUUGUAAAAAAACAACCUGAAAAUAGUGCUCAAAUAAGUGAGGUUAGAAUAAACAAUGUUGAUGUUGACAAAAAAUCAAAGAAAACACACGAUGAAAAUAAAUUACCUAACGAAGUCUUUAAAAACAACCUUGAUAGUACGUUUAUGCCUUGGAGUUGUCCAUUAGAAGAACGAACAAGUACAAAAAGUACUUUGUAUUCAAUAAAAAAGUAUCAUUUAGCAAUAGGAGAAUUAUUAAAACCAAAUGAUACCGAUAAAUCAAGUCCGAUUGAAGAUAUUACCUCUCCUGAUAACAGUGACGAAUCUUUAAUGAUUUGGACUCCCUCAGAGGCCAAAACAAAAACUGUCAUGCAAAUAGGACCGUCUGCUUGUGGGGCUACAGCCGUUUUAAACGCACUAAACGCCCUUAAUUAUUCCACAUCGGUACAAAAAGUCCAACAAAAUAUUAACACCCGUUUACGCAAAAAUUCCGCGCCAUUAACUGAUUAUUUAUUAUCGAGAAGUACUGCUGGUACCACCCAUGAAGAUAUCAUCGAUUGCAUCCAUAAAGUCACUGAAGGGAAAGUCUAUGCAAGGUUUUUUCAUAUGUUUCCUGAACGAAUUAUCAAUUUACGACGAUGGUUAAUGUUUUGGUUAAAAAAUGGAGCCAUUCCUAUUGCAACGUUAAAUAUACAACAAGCAAAGAAGGAAGUGCAGGAAAUCCCUGAUGCUUGGCAUCAUCAGAUGAUUUUUGGGGUCAGUCCUAAAGGGAUUCAUUUUGCGAACCCAAUUGAAUGCGUUCAAGAGGAUGUUGUUUGGUCUUAUUUGGUUUCCGAAUCGGUUUUGUUGGUUCGAAGGGAAGAUGUUGUUAGUAGGUUUAAUGUCCAGACUGAUUUACCUGAGUUGAUGAGUAUCGACGAUUUUAGAUGGAGAAGUAUGAAUGUUGUAGGUCAAGUGGCGCAUAUCAUCUACCAAAGUAGAAGAGAAUUAAAAAAUGGUUUUAAAAACACACCACACAUACGAAUACCAGCGUCGUAUUUAUCAGGUAUAACAAUUGCGAUUCCAGUAUCGUCUCCAGCAUUCACGCUUCUUCAGCAAUGUCCAGAGCUUCCAGUUCUUGAUAAAGAUAUAAAAGGCGCUUUGCAAAGGUACAACGUGUAAGAAAAAGGCGACUUUUAAAGUCGAAAGAAAAUAGGAAGAAAAAUUUAAAGUUUUAUGGAAUGUGAUAAAGAGCUCGAUUCGCACACGUCGCGUGCCAUAACGUGUCCGGUUAUUAUACAUAAUUAUUUAAAUCGCCAAAGAAAUGGGAUUUUCUUGAAAUCUUGAAGAUUAACAAAUAUCGUGAAAAGAAUGUGAAAUUGUUUGUGUAAAUAGAUUUUGUACAGAAUAAAAACGGAGUAGUUAGAGUGUGUAUAAUAAUGUAUCUCUGUGAAGGGAGAAGAUAAAAAGGUUUGUACUUUCGUAGGUGGUUUUUUAUGAACUGUUUUUUUACAUAUUUGUUUUGUAUUAUUAUUAAAAAACAAAUUUGGAUAAGCACGCCAUUCUAACACGGUAAAUGAAACGUUAUUAAAAAUAUAAAAGUAUUAUUUUA